AUGGAGUUGAAACUCCGUUUUUUGUUGUUAUUUAUUUUAAGUUUUUGUUGUGAAGGAUUACAAGUCUGUAAAGAUAAACUUACAGCUACAUAUUGUAGUAGUCAGUGUCCUAAAUCUUUUGCUGAUAUCUGGAAAAUAACCUACUGUAUGAAAACAUGUAGAUAUUGUACUUCAGAAACUAUUGAUAAAACCUGGAAUAUAGACAACUAUAUAAAAACAUGUAGAUAUUGUACUUCAGAAAAUAUAGCUUUGGGUAAAGAAACAAGACAAAGUUCAAUCUAUACUAACAAUGGACGAAAGAAAAGUGUAUCAUCAAAUGCUGUAGAUGGUAAUACUGAUAGUGAUUAUAGAAGUGGAUCUUGUACACAUACUAAAAAUCAUAAAGAUCCAUGGUGGUGUGUUGAUUUACAGUCAACUCAACAAUUUCAAUCUAUUAUACUGUAUAACAGAAAAACUAACAAGGAAAGAUUGAAAGGAUUCUCUAUAAAAGUGAGUGAAACUGGAGAAUGUGAUCAAAGUACAUUUGAAUCUAGUCAAGUUUGUUAUAAAGAUAGAAGUUCUAGGUCAGAAGAUAUUUAUGCAGUAGAUAAUUGUAAUAUUACAGAAGGACAGUUUAUAUUUAUUACAGUACCAACUGGUAUUGUUUCUGUUUGUGAAGUUGAAAUACAACAAGGUGAUUUAUUACAUUAUAAUAUCGUUAAAUUAAUUGUUCAUGUGUUCGUUAUUAAUAUAUGA